AUGCGCCUCCGUCUGCCUCUCUGGGGAGACAAAUUCGCCACCAUCGCCAGCGUCUACGCUCUCCCGACGGCCAGCCCUGACGCCGCAAGUAACAAAUUCUACGAGGACAUCCCGGCAUCUGUACCAAAGGCGAAUGAGUUCAUUGUCCUUGGUGACUUUAACGCCCGCGUCGGCACAGACCAUGCUGCCUGAAGAGACGUGUAGGCUCUCCACAGUCUUAACGCCUCCAAAGACAAUGGCCUGCUUUCCUACGAACCUGCGCAGAAGACCUGCUCAUCUUUGCCAAAACCGUCAUCCGCCUUCGGAUGCGAGAGAAGGCCACGUGGAUGCACCCUCGGUUGCGACACUGGCACCUGCUGGACUAUGUCCUCGUCCGGAGGCGAAACCAGCGGAUGUGCUGGGGACAAAGUCGAUCCCGGGUGCCGGCGGGUCGACCCACCAUCGCCUCUACAUCUCCAAGCUGCGGAUUCGCCUACAGUCUCACAGGAAACCUCAAGGUAAGCGACCUCCCCAGGUUAGUUGAAUGGUGCUUUGUUGUUUUUGCCUGCUCACAAUCUCCAUUUCAGCAAUGAACUAGCGUACGUCACUACUUACGCCAUGACCAGGACGAGACGGUCACACGGAGCUUAAUAAUACCGGGCAAACACAGUCCCUCGACUUAUCCACCCAAAAAAGGGCACAGACGCAACUAACCCCAAUUGUGGUGACGACACACAACACAGGAGGCCACCAACAUUCACAAGCGACGGUCAGAGGGCCAAGGCAGCGAAAGAAGGAAAAACUCGGCCAGUCCAACACCAACUAAUUUGACUGUCUAUUCAAAUUUCUGGUCGAUUUCUGCACUAAACGCUUCGAUAAUGGAGAUAAUGCUCUCAGGGACGUCAGCAAUACAAUACACUUGACCCGGUGAGCACUCCACAUUUCUCAGAUUAUCGACCCGGAUCUCAUACGUUUGCUGACCUGAGCCUUAAAUACACUCGCCGCAUUUGCCUCCACUGUCCACACUGCCCCUGCACAUUUACUCACCGCAUUGGUCUAUUCGAUCACAUCGUAUCCACGACAGUGGAACCGACCGCAGUCUCGACACCCCUAGUACCUCCUUCAUAUCCACCAUGCCUAUCUCAACCCAUAUCCUGCCGCCCAGCACACCCACCACCACAGCUCCACCACACCCAGCACACCAUUCACACCCACCAUGCCUACCUCAACCCACACCCCAUUGCCCAGGCGUCCGCCAUCAGCAGCUCCACUGCUGCCACCGUCUCCGAAACCGACACUUACACCGUCAACUUGUGCGCACUGUCCCGUACACUCAGCUUACACAUCGGCCUGGUCAGUCACUUGCGAAUCCACCGCACAGAAACUGGCGAACCAGUACCUGAAGCACCAACAUACACCAGACGCAUCCGCCUCAACGGCCCUCACUGCACCCGCACAUUCGCCCACCGCAUUGGCCUUUUAGACCACAUGCGCAUUCACGAAAACUUGCCGUAGACAACCGCCGGCUAAACGACACCACUACACCUUCCCCCACCACAAGCAUCUAACUGCCACCUACCACGGAAGUGGAAAGGGCGCGUCUCGGCUCCGUCUGCCGUAUGUGUUAUCCGAGUCUGAGACUAUGACGGCGCGUCAAGCGCCGUGGCUUGUGAGACUGCUGACUGACGUCCCAACUCAGUCCACACAGUCUGCCCAGUUGUGUGUUUGUGUGGUGUGGAAGACUGGUGGGGCACUCCCACGCAAGCGAGAUGUACGCUACCAACCCCCCUUGUGAAAUCCUGCUUCUCGUGUUUGGGGGGCCAUGUCGUGCAUGUGGCACGCGCAGACAAGGUCAGCCAUCUCGCCCACUUCCCGCACCUGUCAACCGACCGUCUCGGACAGCAGCCGAGGCCCGGGAAUGGGGAGAGUGAGGUCGAUGCUCAGCCUUUGAAGCUAUCACGGUACGCUCAAAGCCGAGGCUUGAAAGGUUGCCAACUGACGGUAUAAAUUGGACCUCGCAGUCGUCCCAAUGUUGUGUUUGUGGAGCGACCGACUGGUGGCCUAAGAGGUAGGCUGCAAUGGCUCUUUCGUAAUGUGGCCUUUAUGGCACUCCCACUCCGUGGGAUCCGAGCAGGGUGUGAUGUCACUCCUAGGUGCAGCCCCGGCACCGCCAGCCCCUUUUUUCGUUGGUUAAAAUCCUAGUCAUUUAUUAUGUGGACCAAAGGGUAUGGAGCGGAGCGUCAAGGUGCGAGUCCGACCGUGCCAUCUACCUGCGCCCUCCAUCGUCUCCAAUCUUCUUGACUCUGUCUGCACACUGGGUCCAGUGGAGGAGGAGAGGGUGCGGAAGACGCUGCGCAAGCCACCAUGCCUGCUAAAUCUUGCUAUGGAGCACACGGUGGACGUCAUCGGCGACGACGGUCGAAAUAUCACCUAG